AUUCGGAGGCAGAUGAAUCUGAUCUUUGAGGAAAAGUUGCAGGAAAAUCCAAACGUGCAGUGAAAUCAUCUGAACGCACCCAGAUGCGUCUGAGACUUCGGGACUCGGCGGUGAUUUAUUGACGCUGUGGACAUUUCUUGCAGUGCGUGACGUGCGGGGGCAGAGCAGGGGGCUGCUGUGACUUAAGUUGCCGUCAUCUGGAUGGAUGUUAUCACUCUGAGACGGACCAGCAGCUCCAGGACCGCGCUGCGCCGGAGGAACCUCCUUUCCACCUGGAUUUUACGCAUGGCGCUGCCGGGCCGGCACCACAUCAUGACGCACGACUUGCUCUGAGUUGUGAAGAGGGAGUGAAGCAGGGAAACUGCGGGGGACGGAUACUUAUGGUUUGGUGUGAGCGUGCCACAGCCGCCCGUGACUCCUCUCCUAACGGUGCGCCCUCCGUGGCCGUACUCGCUCUCCGGGACUUCCACGCGGCUGGCACGCGCGAUGGGAUGCAGAAGCGCGCUGGGAUGCUGCCUGCUCGCGGCGCUGUCCUGCUGCCUCCCCCCCGGCUGCACAGGUAACAUCACCGUGGCCGUGAUGCUGCCGGACAACCACCACAAGUACCCGUGGGCUCUGCCGCGCGUCUUCCCGGCCAUCCUCAUGGCGCACGAAGACCUGCACGGGAAACACGGGCUGCUGCUCGGCCGGUUCAUCAACAUCCUCAACUACAGCACCGAGGACCCCGUGGCGGGCUCCUGUGCGGAGAGCCGUGCGCAGGUCGUGGCCGUGGACGCGAAGCUCUACAUCCGCCCGGACGCGUUCUUCGGCCCCGGGUGCGUUUACCCCCUCGCCUCCGUGGGCCGGUUCGCGUCCCACUGGAAGCUCCCGCUGAUCACAGCCGGAGGUCCCGCGUUCGGCUUCGACAAGCGGGAGGAGUACCGGACCAUCGUGCGCAGCGGGCCCUCCACCACCAAGCUGGGGGAGUUCGCCAACGUCCUGCACACGCACUUCAACUGGACGUCCCGCGCCGUGGUGAUCUUCCACGACCUGCGGCAGGACGACCGGCCGCACUACUUCCUCUCGGAGGGGAUCUACCUGAACCUGAAGGAGGAGAUGAACGUCACGGUGGAGGCGCAGCCGUACGACGACGACAAGGACUACAGGGACCUCAUCACCUUCAUGAAGGAGCGCGGAAGAAUCGUGUACAUCUGUGGCCCCCUGGAGACGUUCCUGAACAUCAUGAAGCUGUUCCAGAGCGAGAUCCAGGACCCGGAGAACUACGCCAUCUUCUAUCUGGACGUCUUCGCCGAGAGCCUGACGGAUCGCAAACCGUGGCAGAGCCCAGACUUCGACUGGGCUGAUCCCCUUAACGUCUUUAAGUCCGUGUUUGUCAUCACGUACCGGCCGCCCGAUAACCCGGAGUACAAGGACUUCCAGAAGAGGCUCCACGCCAGAGCCAAGAAGGACUUCGGCGUUGAUCUGGUGCCAUCGCUGAUGGACUACAUCGCCGGGAGCUUCUACGACGGUUUCGUGCUCUACGCAAAGGCCUUGGAGGAGACGCUGGCGGACGGCGGCGCUCAGAACGACGGCAUCAACAUCACGAUGAGGACGCAGAACCGCCGAUUCUGGGGAGUGACGGGACUUGUUAACACAGACCACAAGAACGCCAGAGAAAUCGACGUCAACCUGUGGGCCAUGACGGACCAGGAGAGCGGGGAGUUCGGGCUCGUUGCGUUCUACAACGGGUCCACCAAAGAGAUCAUCUGGUCCCAGUCAGAGAAGAUCCACUGGCCCAGUGGCGGUCCACCGCUGGACAACCCCCCCUGUGUGUUCUCCAAGGACGACCCCUCCUGCAACGAUGGUCAUCUGCCGGUUCUGGGCAUCGUCGCCGUGGGCUCCGGUUUGGCGCUCAUCAUCUUCGGAAUCUCCAGUUUCCUCAUUUACAGGAAACUGAAGCUGGAGAAGGAGCUGGCUGGAAUGUUGUGGAGGAUUCGCUGGGAGGACCUUCAGUUCGAGAGCCCCAAUAAAUACCACAAGCGGGCCGGCAGUCGACUCACCCUGUCGCAGAGAGGCUCCAGCUACGGCUCCUUGAUAACUGCCCAUGGAAAAUAUCAGCUAUUUGCAAAAACGGGCUAUUUUAAGGGAAACCUGGUGGCCAUCAAGCACGUCAACAAGAAGAGGAUAGAGCUGACCAGACAAGUUCUGCUGGAACUCAAACAUAUGAGAGACGUUCAGUUCAACCAUCUAACCAGGUUCAUCGGGGCCUGCAUUGACCCCCCCAACAUCUGCAUCGUUACGGAGUACUGUCCCCGAGGAAGCCUGCAGGACAUUUUGGAGAACGAGAGCAUCAACCUGGACUGGAUGUUCCGUUACUCGCUGAUCAAUGACAUCGUGAAGGGAAUGAACUAUCUCCACAACAGCUACAUCGGCUGCCAUGGAAAUCUGAAGUCAUCUAAUUGCGUGGUGGACAGUCGAUUUGUUUUGAAAAUCACGGAUUACGGCUUGGCCAGCUUCCGCUCGUCCUGCGAGAACGACGAGUCCUACGCACUCUAUGCAAAGAAGCUGUGGACGGCUCCCGAGCUUCUCAUCUACGACCGCCAUCCUCCACAGGGGACGCAGAAGGGCGACGUGUACAGUUUUGGCAUCAUACUGCAGGAAAUCGCCCUGAGGAGCGGGCCUUUCUACGUGGAGGGCAUGGACCUCAGCCCCAAAGAGAUCGUGCAGAAGGUGAGGAACGGUCAGAAGCCGUACUUCCGGCCCACGACGGACACCAAGUGCCACUCGGAGGAGCUGACCAUCCUGAUGGACGGCUGCUGGGCCGAGGACCCGGCGGAGAGGCCCGACUUCGGCCACAUCAAGAUCUACAUGGCCAAACUCAACAAGGAGGGCAGCACCAGUAUUCUCAACAACCUGCUGUCCAGGAUGGAGCAGUACGCCAACAACCUGGAGAACCUGGUGGAGGAGCGGACACAAGCUUAUCUGGAGGAGAAGAGAAAAGCUGAAAACCUCCUCUAUCAAAUUUUACCACAUUCGGUAGCGGAGCAGCUGAAACGUGGGGAGACGGUGCAGGCGGAGGCUUUCGACAGCGUCACGAUUUACUUCAGCGACAUCGUGGGCUUCACGUCCAUGUCUGCGGAGAGCACGCCGCUAGAGGUUGUCACACUGCUCAACGAUCUGUACACCUGCUUCGAUGCCAUCAUCGAUAAUUUCGAUGUUUAUAAGGUGGAGACCAUCGGCGACGCCUACAUGGUGGUGUCCGGGCUGCCGGUGCGGAACGGGAAGCUCCACGCCAGAGAGAUCGCCGGGAUGUCGCUGGCGCUGCUGGAGCAGGUCAAAACGUUCAAGAUUCGCCACCGACCCAACGACCAGCUGAGACUCAGGAUAGGGAUCCACACAGGUCCGGUCUGUGCCGGAGUGGUCGGGUUGAAAAUGCCCAGAUACUGUUUGUUUGGAGAUACUGUCAACACAGCGUCUCGGAUGGAGUCCAACGGGGAGGCCUUGAAGAUCCACUUGUCCUCGGCCACCAAAGAGGUUCUGGAUGAGUUCGGCUACUUUGAUCUCCAGUUACGAGGAGACGUGGAAAUGAAGGGCAAAGGCAAAAUGAGAACGUACUGGCUUAUGGGGGAGAAGAAGGACGUGUACGUUAUCUGAGAGGCCUGACGAUCACCUGCAGCCGCCGCCGCCGCCGCCGCCGAGACGACAGCGGGAGCUGCGGUGGCCGAGCCACUACUUUAUUUGUUCUAGAAUAAGUCCUUAUUGGGGAUUUCCACGCAGAGGAAAAACCUCCAUAGAAAAAAAAUACCCCAAAGGGAAUUCCAGGUAUAUUUAUUACCUGCAUAUCGUAACUGCAAAAAAAAAAAAGAAGAAAUAUCAAAAAAAGUCAAUCUGUUUUUGUAUGAAGAACCUUUCUGUCCUGAGAGUGAAAACUUUCUCACUGAUAAAUUCUUAUUUUUUGUGCUUUCUAUAUUAAGAUUUGUAUAAUGUGUUUGGAAGUCAAUGAUGUAUUAAUAUUUCCUCGGAGCAUCCAGUGGAAUUUGGAGCGUUUCAGAUCAAUGUCACAGCAGGGGUUCUUCAGCCGUGUUACACAGUACAAAAUAUGAUGUAUAUAUGUAUAUCCAAGAUACUGUAAGAUAUUUUGUUCAAUAAACUGAGUAAAAUAC